AUGGCUGAGUUGCAGAAAAUUAACUCUAAAAUGAUCACUUAUCUUUUGCAAGAAAAACCAGAAAGAUGGGCUCGACCAUUCUUUCCAACGAAAAGGUAUAACAUUCUUACAAGUAACAUUGUUAAGUCUACAAAUGCAGCAAUUGUGCAUGCGAGAGAAUUGCUUAUAUCCUCAUUAAUAGAAGCUGUGAGAGAGAUGCUUCAAAUAUGGUUUUCAACAAGAAAACAAGUGGCAAUCGACCAAUUUAUUGAAGUGACAAAAUGGACAAAUGAUGAAAUGGAGCUAAAAUUUGAUAUGGAAAAUGAAGAUGCAAUUGAUGCAAUGAAAUUUCAAGUUACAUAUGGUGAUCGAGUGUUUGUUGUUGACUUUGAACAUAAUAUGUGCACAUGUAAUAAAUUUCAACUAGAGGGAAUUCGAUGUGCACAUGCUAUCGCAACAAUUGAAAGCAAGUACGUGGAGAAGUAUAAUUUUUGCUCAAAUUGGUAUAGUAUUUCUGGUUUGAAAGGGACAUAUGCAGGUUCAAUUAAUCAUGCUCUGGAUAAACUUGAUUGGAGUGUCCUAGAUGAAAUUAAAAAAGAUAACAUGAUGGCUCCAAAAUUCAAAGUAAAACUAGGACGUCGUAAGAAAAAGAGAAUUCCAUCAACAGGAAAAUUUUCCAAGCGUGCUCGAAUAGUGAAGUGUGGAAAUUGUGGAAUAUUGGGGCAUAAUAGAAAGAAUUGUAGUAACCCACCAAUUCUAAAAGAAGGAUAA